UAAUAAGACGGUUGUGUUUGUUAUUUUGGGCUUUUGCGAUUAAAGAAAAGUAACACAGUAGAAUUAAGAUAUUAUUACAUAGACUUCUAAUCCCAUUUCAUGUUGAUAAAUAAUAAUAACAUCUAUUUAUUUUCUUUGAAACAACAAUGGGUGUCUUCUUAAAAUGAUUUCAUAAAAUCGUUAACAUAUUUUUUGGUAAAAGGCAAGCAAUAUGCCGAAAAUACCUUACAAAACAGAUAAAUCGAAGGACGACGACGAGGAUUAUGAGAUUGUUUCCUUUGAAGAUUUUUGUGACAAAUCGCCCAAUUCUAAAACCGACUUGUUAACUUUGAACGAUAACAUAAAUUAUCGGCUUUGUUAUGAAAAUGAUAAAGCAGAAAAAUAUCGUGAUAAUGAAGGGGAAUCGUCGAGCAGAGACUUGGAACGUCAGACAGAGAGAGAGACAUCCCUGAACGGUCCCAAGAAUGCCCCAUUCAAACGGAGACUGUCAAACUCAUUUGCUCCAUUUGGGAGGUUCAAUGGAAAGUCCACCCGUGGUCCGCUCUUUAGUGGCGUAAUACCAAAGCCCAGGAAUGAAGGGGAAUCAACCUCCAGGGAACAUAGGUACCAGCGGUUUUCUGAGAGCCGCAACAUAUUCCAGCGUGCCUGGGACAAUUUCCCUGGCAUGUCAGGUGUGCUUGGCGUCGCGCUGCUGUGCAUUCUCUGUGUGGGUGCUUGGUGGGCGGCAACUGGUGCAAUGGGUGGAGCCUGGGGAGAGGAGCAUUACAGAAAGUUGUGGGAGCGUGCACACCCCGACAAUAUAAAGAAACCACCGACACCACUUACAUACGAAAAGAUACUACCAGAGCACCGGUACCACGAUCACAAUAACCUAAGUACAAAGAAUAAAGGUAACGCCACAGAACCUACAAGGCGAAGAGACUACAAUAAGAAGAGUUACAUGGACCGCACCCCUGAAAUAUUGAAGGAAAUGUGCGAGAAGGUAACCGACAGCAUGAGAUUCGACUGCUUCCCACAAGGCACUGCUAACGAGAAGGACUGCGUUCACAGAGGCUGCUGCUGGAAUCCUGUGACAAUAGAGCAGCACGACGGCAUCCCAUACUGUUUCUACCCGCCUCAGUACGACACGUUCCGGUUCCUCAAUAUGACAGAGGACAAACAUUCCACCACGGUAUACUACGAGAAGGCCCGCCCAUCCGGCUAUCCGGGUGAUUUCGAAAUUGCCCGGAUUGACAUCAAAUAUUUGUCGGAUGACGUGGUAAAAAUUAAGAUUUACGAUGCAGAGCACACCAGAUACGAACCUCCGUAUCCUGAAAUCGCUAUGGUGCCAAAACCAUUGUCAGACAUGAAGCUGAGAGUGAAAAUACCCGAAGAUGGCUCCGGUAUUGGAUUUAAAGUUAUAAGGAACAGCGACAAUGUCGUUAUAUUCGACACAGAAGACGUGGGUGGUCUGAUCCUCUCGGAUAUGAUGCUGCAGCUGUCUGCCGUGCUGCCGACUAAUCAUAUAUACGGGCUGGGUGAGAGGCGGGCCAGGUUUAUGGUGGAUAUGAAUUGGAACACAUUCGCGUUGUACAAUCGUGAUAGGAAACCUGUUGAGAACGCUAACUUAUAUGGCACUCAUCCAUUUUACAUGGGAAUAGAACCUGGUGGGAAUACACACGGAGUGUUCCUACUCAACUCUAACGCUAUGGACGUGGUGGUGCAGCCGGCGCCCGGCAUCACGUUCCGUGCGACGGGCGGCGUCCUCGAGGUGGUGGUGCUGGGCGGCCCCGCGCCCGCCGCCGUGCUGCGACACUACACCGCCGCGCUGGGCCGCCCCGCGCUGCCGCCCUACUGGGCGCUAGGAUUCCACCUCUGCAGGUUCAAUUAUUUGACAUUAAACGCAACACGUGAUGUAUGGAAGAAAAAUCGUGAUGCAGGCAUACCUUUCGAUGUGCAAUGGAACGACAUCGACUAUAUGAAAGACCGUAAUGACUUCACAUAUGAUGAGGAACGUUUCGCUGGCCUGCCAGAGUUCGUCGACGAGCUACACAAGGAAGGAAUGCACUAUGUCAUGAUCAUAGAUCCGGGCAUCAGUGCUUCUCAGAAGCCCGGAACGUAUCCACCUUACGACCGUGGGAUGGAGAUGGACGUGUUCAUCAAAAACAACACUAACCAGCCUUUAAUGGGAAAGGUGUGGAAUGAAGGACUUACUGUAUACCCAGACUUUACUCAUCCAAACUCGACCGCGUAUUGGGUUGAAAUGUUGACGGCGUACCACAAGAAAGUCAAAUACGACGGCGUCUGGAUAGAUAUGAACGAGCCGUCGAACUUCGUGGACGGGACCGCAGUGGGCGAGUGCGGGCCCGUCGUGCUGCCGUACAAGCCGCACACGGACGCACUCGCCACGCACUCGCUGUGUGCGGACGCCAAGCAACACGCGGGCCUGCACCGCGACCUGCACAAUCUGUACGGGCUGCUCGAGGCCAGGGCCACCGACUACGCCCUGAGCGAGAUCCGCGGCAAGCGUCCGUUCAUAAUAUCUCGGUCGUCGUUCGCUGCACUCGGCCACCACGCAGGACACUGGAGCGGAGACAUCUCCAGCGCGUGGCACGACAUGCGCAUGACCGUACCCGAGUUGCUGAACUUCGCGAUAUUCGGGGUGCCGUUGAUGGGCGCUGACAUCUGCGGGUUCUCCGGAGACGCCACCCCGGAGCUGUGUCGCCGCUGGAUGCAGCUCGGAGCGUUCUACCCGUUCUCCAGGAACCACAACUCAGACACCUCCAAGCCUCAAGACCCGGUGAGCAUGGGCCCCGCGGUGGUGGAGGCGAGUGUGAGGUCCCUGCGCCUGCGGUACCGCCUGCUGCCGGUGUACUACACGCUGUUCUGGCGGGCGCACGUGUUCGGAGACAGCGUCGUGCGCCCCCUCUUCUUUGAGACGCCAGAAAACGAGGCGGUGUAUAAUAUAGACGAUCAGUUCAUGGUGGGCCCGUACGUGAUGGUGUGCCCCAUCCUGCGGGAAGGCGCCACUUAUGCAACGCCGUACUUCCCGGGCGGACAGCUGUGGUACAACAUCCUCGACGGCGCCUUCCUGGCCAAGAACACGACCAGAAACAUUACUGAAGAUCAGACUGUCGCUGUCAAGGGUGGUGCUAUAUUGCCGCUACAAGAACCGCCCGUACACGGCCCCGUGAGUACGUCCAACACUCGCAGCUCUCCGAUGCAGCUGAUCGUAAUACCGAGCGAUGUGAACAAGGCCUUCGGGGAGCUGUACUGGGACGACGGCGACAGGCUCAAUACAUAUGACGAAAAGAAGUACAGUCAUAUAGAGUUCUACCUAAAUCGCACUAACCUGACCAGCGUCGUCAAAUGGUGGGGCUACGGCGUCCCUCCCAUAAACAAUAUCACGGUCUUCUCGCAGCCUGUAGUCACCAGCCUCACCUACGAUGGUCAUCCAUGCGAGAAACCGCACUGUCAGUACGCCUACAUACCAAAGACUAAGGUACUACACAUCUAUAACAUCAACUUGUCUAUGGACAAACCAAUUAAUAUACAAUGGUCUUAUAAACAGAUCAAACGGGUCGCUAAUACGUUUACCCGAUUAUCUGGGUAAAGUAGUGUUAAAUUUAGGAAUAGACUAUAAGGCUAAUAUUUAAAUAUCAAAAACAAAGAUACGUGAAUGUGUCCAUAGACAAAACCAUUAAAAUACACUGCCGAAAUAUCGGGUACUCAAUAAAAAUAAGUAAAAAGUGGUGAAAUCCCGUGAUUUUAAUACUUUUACUUAGAAAUUAUGACCGCGUCAGAAUUAAACAAGUAUAUAAUACACAAUGGUCUUGUAAGAGACACGUAUGUGGUAGAUUUACCUGGUUAUCUGUUAAAUGUAGAGUAAUUGAUAGGGUCAUUACAUAUAGCUAAAACCAGGGACAUAAAUAUAGUCUAGUGGAAAAGCCAUGAAA